AUGUUUAGAUUAGCUGUCCGUGCUGCCCGUGCCCCAGUUGCUAGAGCUCCAUUAGCUUCCAACUUCGUUAAACCAAUUCGUUUUUACGCAGUUGCACCAAUCACAAAAGAGGAAGUUACCACCCGUGCUUUUGACGCUUUAAAGACUGUUGCCGCUUUACAAGAAUCUAAGCUUUCGUUAGAGGCUUCGUUCCAAAAAGAUUUAGGUUUAGAUUCGUUAGAUACCGUCGAAGCUUUAGUUGCUUUGGAAGAAGAAUUUGACUUAGAAAUCCCUGAUAAAAUUUCUGAUGACAUCAAGACUGUUGGUGAAGCUGUCAACUACAUCUAUGAAGAAGAACAGAAAUUAUAA